AUUCACUGUGUUGCAAUGUUUGUGGCAAUAGAAUCAUAAGUCAUUGUUCCUUUUAUUUAUUGGUUGGCAACAUCUAGGUGGCAGUAUCGUCUUGAUAAUGUUGUACUUGGAAUACUUGUGUAGCUACUAGGCCAUGUUACAGCGUGAUUUUCCUCGCGUUACUGGUGCCCUUCGAGCCUAUGGCGGUGCUGUUUCCGGAGCAGAAUGUAUUCAGGAUGAAUACGACCCAGAGGCUCAGCGAAAUGCAUUGCGUGCGAAGCGUAAACGACGGCAAGGGGAGAAAUCCAGCCACGGAAUAACUUGGGACUUUCUCAACGCCCAAGUCAACGAGUAUGAAAAGUACAAACAGGGAGAUCUCCACAAGCCUCUCCGUGAUCUCGCAAAGGCUGCAUCUGAUAUUGUUGGCGGCGAUGCAGGGGAGAGUGCGGUCAGUGCUGCGGCUGCGUCUUUGCUGGUGCUACUGCAUGAUUGUCAGCACAUUGGACGUGCAGAGGCCAUGAAAAUCAAACAGAUGUUUGGACCGUUUCCAGCAUCUGCUGCAACCCAGGCAUGCGCUUCUGCGCAGGCUUUGCUCAAGAAGCUACCAAACGUCCAGAAACGCCUGCAGGAUAAUGAAGUCAAAUCCACAGCGAACGACUCUAGUAAUGACAAGCAUUCUUUUGGCGAGGGCAUCAAGUUUGAUGGUGCGGUUCCUGGGUCACUAUACUCCAUGCACCAGCAGGAGUGGGGUGUCAAAGAGACUGAACAGCAGCGAGAGCGUCAGAAGCAGCUUGCCGAGGAAGACGUGCUGGCCAUCACUGCCCAACAGCGUGGCUACGAUAGUGAAUGGCUACGGCAAGAGUCGGCCAAGUACGCCUCCCUCAACCCGUCUGGUCUGACUGCUGAGCAUCUGGCAACGGCUGUGUUUGAUCUGUUAACUUCAUCGCAAAAUGAUGAUCAGCUACAGGGACAGAUGUUUGACCUGCUUGGCUUUGAAGCCAUGGAGUUCAUACAGACGUUGCUGGCGAAUCGGCAGCUGAUUGUGGCUGGUCUGAUUCACUCAUCUGAGUCGGCUGGUGAGGACAUGUCCUUGGCAGGCGAUGACAGAGCACUGCGACCGAAAAUGCCCACGUAUGGCUGCCAGGUGACGGUGCACUCCAAGCAAGAGAAGGAGCUGAUGAAGCAGAUGCGCAAAGAGGGGCGCCGGGAGGAGCGACGGUCAAGGAAGGAUGGCGAUGAAGACCUUAGCCUGUACAUGAGCAGGGAAGAGAUGAGAAUACAACGGGAAGCCAUGCUACAGGCCGCUGCACAGGCACCCCUCUUUCAGCGUCCUGCGCCCUCGGCCGCUGUUGGACAAAGACCAAAGUACCCGUUUGUUUUCGAUAAGCUUGCAGAGUCAGCAUCAGCAUCCGCGUAUGUUGGUGGUGCAAAGAUUCUGCUGCCUGAAAGUGCGACUCGAAAGAACAACAAGUUGUUUGAGGAGGUGUCCAUUCCUCACACACCACCGCUACCGAUCCAAGAGUCGGAACGGCGCGUCAAGAUCAGCGAAUUGGAGCCUUUCGCACAGCUCUGUUUUCCAGGCACUAAGUCGCUGAACCGUAUCCAGUCGAUCUGCUAUGACGCUGCGUUCAACAGCAAUCAGAAUCUCUUGAUUUCGGCACCGACGGGUGCAGGUAAAACCAAUGUUGCCAUGUUGACAAUCCUGCACGAGGUCAAGCAGCACCUACACGGUGCCCUUCUCAAACGUGACGAGUUCAAGGUGGUGUAUGUUGCGCCCAUGAAGGCCUUGGCCGCUGAAAUGGUGCGUAACUUUGGCACUCGUCUCAGUCCGCUUGGUAUUAUCGUCAAGGAACUCACAGGAGAUAUGCAACUCACUAAGAGUGAGAUCAUGAAGACACAGAUGAUUGUCACUACACCGGAGAAAUGGGACGUCAUCACUCGUAAGGGCACUGGUGACGUGGCUCUGACGCAGGCAGUCAAGCUACUCAUCAUUGACGAAGUGCACUUGUUGCAUGACGACCGUGGUCCUGUCAUCGAAAGUCUGGUAGCCAGAACCCUGAGACAGGUGGAGUCCACGCAGAGCAUGAUCCGUAUCGUUGGCCUCUCUGCUACACUACCUAACUACAUUGAUGUGGCCCACUUUCUGCGCGUCAACCCGAUGUCGGGUCUGUUCAUGUUUGACUCGCGCUUCCGGCCCGUGCCGCUUAGUACCAAGUUCAUCGGCAUCAAGUCAACUGGUCACUUGCAGCAGCUGCGUGACAUGGACACGGUAUGCUACGAGAAAGCUCUGGAGCAGGUGGAAAAAGGAACGCAGGUGAUGGUGUUUGUACAUGCUCGCAAUGCUACUUUGAAGACGGCAAGGUACAUGUGUGAGACGGCCAAGGCCAACGGCACCACGGGCCCGUUUUUGCCGGAGCAGAGUCGUGAACUGGGUGCUGCGGAGAAACAGGUUGAACGCUCGCGUAACAAGGAAUUCCGCGAACUUUUCCAGUACGGGUUUGGCAUUCAUCAUGCUGGCAUGCUGAGACAAGACCGAAACCUGGUGGAGAAAAUGUUCGCCGAUGGCUUCAUUCGAGUGCUGGUCUGUACUGCUACGUUGGCCUGGGGUGUCAAUCUUCCAGCUCAUUGUGUUAUUAUCAAGGGUACUCAAAUCUACAAUGCGGAGAAAGGUUCCUUUGUCGAUCUUGGAAUCCUGGACGUGCUGCAAAUCUUUGGCAGAGCCGGUCGGCCGCAGUUCGAUACGUUUGGCGAAGGUGUUAUCAUCACAUCACAUGACAAGUUACCACACUAUCUCUCACUGUUGACCAGACAGAUGCCCAUUGAGAGUCAGUAUGAGAAGUACUUACGCGAUAAUCUCAAUGCCGAGAUUGCACUGGGCACAGUCAGUACUAUACAGGAUGGAGUACGCUGGCUGAACUACACCUACUUCUUUGUGCGCAUGUUGCUGAACCCGCUGGCGUACGGCAUCAGCUAUACUACUAAAGAGAAAGAUCCGACUCUUGAGCAGCAUCGGCGAGACUUGAUCGUUGCCGCUGCCAGAGCACUGGACAAGGCCAGAAUGAUUCGUUACAAUGAGCGCACAGAGUACCUGAACUCUACCGACCUUGGUAGAAUCUCUAGUCAUUUCUACAUCGGCCACAGCACUGUAGAGACCUUCAACGACCUCUUCAAGUCGCAGAUGUCGGAGGAUAUGAUAUUGGGUAUGCUGUCCCAGUCCAACGAGUUCUCACAAAUCAAGGUGCGCGAUGAUGAGUUAGUUGAACUAGAAGGUCAUAUGACUCAGCACUGUGAAUUGCCGGUACGCGGUGGUGUGGAGAAUGCGUACGGCAAGGUCAACAUCCUCCUACAAUCCUUCAUCUCACGGGCCUCUGUGGAAAGUUUCUCUCUGGUGUCGGACACUAGCUAUGUGGCACAGAAUGCUGGUCGUAUCAUGAGAGCAUUGUUUGAGAUCUCACUGCGCCGUGGCUGGCCUGCCACUGCGGCACGCCUGCUGGACCUGUGCAAGUCGAUAGACCAUCGCCUCUGGUCAUUCCAGAACCCACUGUACCAGUUCACACACCUGCGCCCGGACAUCGUGGACAAGCUGGAGAAACGCAAGAUGACAGUGGCUCGACUCCGUGAUAUGACCGCAAGUGAAAUCGGUCAAAUGCUGUAUCAUCCAGCCAUCGGUCCCAAGGUCAAGUCUUUUGCCGACAGUUUCCCCAUGAUGAAUGUGGAGGCAACGUGUCAGCCAAUCACUCGCACUGUACUGCGCGUUCGCCUUGUGUUGUCUGCUGACUUUGAGUGGAAUGACCGCUUCCAUGGUUCAUCCGAGCCCUGGUGGGUAUGGGUGGAGGACAGCGAGAAUGACCACAUGUACUACAGUGAAUACUUCAUCCUACACAAGAAACACGUGAUAGCCAAUGAGUCACAGGAGUUGGUGUUCACCACGCCGAUAUUUGAGCCCUUACCACCUCAGUACAUCAUCCGUGUCAUCUCUGACCGCUGGUUGGGAGCUCAGUCGGUCAUAGCCCUCUCCUUCAAGCAUCUGAUUCUCCCCGAGCGUCAUGCCCCGCACACUGACCUGCUGGACCUGCAGCCGCUACCCAAGACUGCCAUCAACAACCCCGACCUGGAGUCUCUGUACCCGCACUUCACGCACUUUAACCCCGUCCAGACGCAGUUCUUCCACACUGUGUACCACACCGAUCACAACGUCCUACUCGGCGCCCCCACUGGAUCUGGAAAGACGGUUGCUGCCGAGCUGGCGAUAUACCGCUUGUUCAGAGAGUAUCCUGGUGCCAAGGCAGUGUACAUUGCGCCGCUGAAAGCUCUUGUCCGAGAACGUGUCGAUGACUGGAAAGUGCGUAUUCAGCAAAAACUCGGCAAGAAUGUUGUGGAGUUAACUGGUGACUUCACACCAGACGUGCGUGCCAUCAGCCGAGCUGAUCUCAUUGUAACCACCCCGGAGAAAUGGGACGGUGUGAGUAGAAGCUGGCAGAGUCGCUCCUACGUACAAGAUGUCGGACUUCUAGUAAUUGACGAAAUUCAUCUUCUUGGCGGGGAUCGCGGUCCAGUCCUGGAAGUGAUUGUUUCCCGGACAAACUUCAUUAGUUCGCACACAGAGCGGAAUAUUCGUAUUGUUGGCCUCAGCACAGCUUUGGCCAAUGCUCGUGAUCUGGCAGAUUGGCUCAAUAUUGAACAGGUUGGUUUGUACAACUUUCGACCAGCCGUGCGACCUGUGCCACUAGACGUUCACGUUCAAGGCUUUGCCGGCAAGCACUACUGUCCUCGCAUGGCUACCAUGAACAAGCCGUCUUUCGAGGCCAUCAAGACACACUCACCCAGUCAGCCAGUACUGAUAUUUGUAUCAUCACGCCGUCAGACACGUAUCACUGCACUGGACUUGAUCUCUUUAUGUUCAGGUGAAGAUGAUCCUAAACAAUGGCUCAAGAUAUCGGAGGCUGAUCUAUCACAGAUUCUGGCUCGUGUCAGUGAUGCCAAUUUGAAGCUGACUCUUGCCUUCGGCAUCGGUCUCCAUCAUGCUGGUCUACAGGAUCGGGAUCGAAAGGUUGUUGAAGAACUGUUUGUUAGUCAGAAGAUCCAGGUUUUAAUAGCCACCAGUACUCUAGCCUGGGGUGUCAACUUCCCAGCCCAUCUUGUCAUUGUCAAGGGUACUGAGUACUUUGAUGGAAAGUUGCAUCGCUAUGUGGACUUUCCCAUCACUGAUGUGCUGCAAAUGAUGGGCCGUGCUGGUCGGCCACAGUUUGAUGACAAGGGAGUGGCAUGUAUUCUUGUACACGACAUCAAGAAAGACUUCUACAAGAAGUUCUUGUAUGAGCCAUUCCCGGUCGAAUCCAAUUUGCUAGAAGUGUUGGCCGACCAUUUGAAUGCUGAGAUAGUAGCUGGUACUAUUGGCACAAAGCAGGCAGCGCUCGACUAUCUGACAUGGACUUAUUUCUUCCGUCGCCUGGUCAUGAACCCAAGCUAUUAUGAGCUAGAAGACACUGGACAUGAGUGCCUGACUGGAUUUCUGUCCAAUCUGGUUGGCCGAGCACUCAACGACUUGGAGAUGUCUGGAUGUAUAUCGUUCGACGAGGAUGGUCGCACUAUCAUAGCAGGCACCCUUGGCCGUAUAGCAUCCUACUACUAUCUCCAUCACAGUACAGUGCGUGUGUUCUGUGAGUGCCUUCACCAGUCAUCCACCAACGCUGAUGUACUCAAGACACUCUGUGAUGUACAUGAGUAUGCAGAGCUACCUGUGCGCCACAAUGAAGAUGGCCUGAACAAGACCCUCUCCGAGCAGAUGUCACUGGAGAUUCCCGACCAAUCGUUUGACAGCUCUCACACCAAGGCGCUGAUCUUGCUGCAUGCACACUUCUCCCGGGCGGCCUUGCCAACGUCUGACUAUCUCACAGAUACCAAGUCUGUCCUGGACCAAGCGCUCAGAAUCUUGCAGGCUAUGAUAGAUGUAGUGGCAGACCAAGGCUGGAUGGCCACAGCGCUACGCUGCAUGCAUACAGUGCAGAUGUGUGUGCAAGGUGCUUGGCUGGAGAAGAGCUCACUGCUAACACUACCACACGUUGAUCAGGCUGCUGUCGACAAGCUGACCUCUGCCAAUCUCACGAUCCGUCUUCUCAGCAGAGAGCACAGCGCUGGCCCCCGGAAGCAAGGAGGAGGUCGAGGAGGCCGUGGAGGACGUAGCAGCAGUGACGCUAACACCGGUAGUACCGUGCUUAGUUCUAUCAAAGGCCUUGCUGAGCUACUGUUUGCGUAUGAGAAUGAUGCCACCGCUACUCGUCACCUGCUGGAGAAGGUCAUUGGCAGUCAGCAGCACACUGCACCGGUUCUCAGUGUCCUGGAUGUGUUGCCCAUUAUCGAUGUGCGACUGCGUCUCACAAGCACCGGUGUAGCAACAGCAGCAGCACGUGGACAUGGUGAUGCCGACGAUAACGAGGAGGACACCAACCCUGACCUUCCUGUUCAUCCCAAGGGCUCCAAUGGUGCUCGUCGUGCUGCAGCUGGUGGCAGUGUGUCUCAUGAGAUUCAGUGCAUGCCGCUAACAUCACGGCCUACUGAGAAGCACUGGAUACCUGUGAACUGUGAGGGUGACUGCACUCUGAGUGUACAGCUGAGGCGGCAUCAAGCAAGUAAUAAGCGACCGGAGUCCAGGGCCGUAACUCCAAGAUUUGGCAAGGUCAAAGACGAAGGUUGGUGGCUGGCAAUCGGUGAAGCAGACACCGGAGAGCUGCUGGCACUGAAACGUGUUGGCUUCUUCCGUGGCACUCAGACGGUGAAUAUCAACUUGCUGGCACCGGAGAAGCCUGGUCGUCACAUCUACACAGUGUACGUCAUGAGUGACUGCUACCUGGGUCUGGACCAACAGUACAACUUCGGUAUUGAUGCCUUACCAACAGUACAACUUCGGUAUUGAUGCCUUACCAACAGUACGACUUCGGUAUUGAUGCCUUACCAACAGUACGACUUUGGUGGUAUUGAUGCCUUACCAACAGUACGACUUCGGUAUUGAUGCCUUGCCAACAAUGACCGUGACAACGGCGGAAGCCAGGAUUCAGACGUAAAUUGGCGUGUGCAUUGGCAAUGGCAAGCAACAUGAAUGCACAACACUAGUGCCGUCUUCGUUGCAGCUGCUAUGGUGUGUCCCUGCAUGCAGCAGCAGCAGCAGCAGCAGCAGCAGCAGCAGCAACAACAAAGGAGCACCACCGAACAACCCUUCUUGUACAUAUAACGUGGUUACUACUAAGAUGGUACUACUCAGUGUGCAUACUCACUACUCAGUGUGCAUACUCAUCUCACUGUACAUUGAGUAUCGGAUGUUCAUUCUUCCCCACUUUGUUCAUAUUUAUUCUCCUUAUUGUAUAUGUUUUACCCUUUAUCCAGUUUUUACCUUUCCUACCCUCAUCAAUUUUCAUUUUAUUAUGCUCUUUUGUUGAGUUUGUGUGAAACAUUGCACGCAUUAAACCAUAAUUAUUGCCAUACGAAAGCGGAAUGAAAAUAGUUUCCAAGAAUUAUCAAACACAAGAAAGCUCUGCUCUGACUUUCCUUUUUCCCUUUUCUGAUCUUCUUACCUUACGUUUCUGGUAUGGCAUUGUUCAUAGGGAGGGUAUUCACAUUCUUUAAUGUUAGGCUCCUACCAUAAAAUUCUUGUGUUUUAAAGUGUCUUCCUGGAAGUGAAGUUCGAUGUCCUGCCAUUGCUGCUACUUGUACAACGUAGUGUUGAUUUUCUUGUGUGAUCUGAAAGCAAGGGCAGUGUAGAAUUGCAUAAUUUUCGUGAAGACAACAGAAGUUGCCAAGUCCGGUGAAUGUGUGA